AUGCCAAAGGAUCAAAGAGAAGCAGACCCAUCCGAAUCCUUCUCGGUAUCAACAGAGAUCUUGAUAGAACAGAUAUCUCUAUCAUCUCACGCUGGGUCCAGCGCCAGGCACAAGUCAACAUCGCCAAAGCCCAGCGACGUCGACGCAGGUCAUCAGGAUGAAGAGCCGCUCUUGGCUUCAGAGCCGAGGAGUGUGAUUGCUAUCACCAGUCUGCUCAUGAUCGGUACACGCCUUCUAUCUCUAUCUCUGAAGAGAUUGAUCCGCACUGCCCUCUCCUCUCUUACUCAUUUGCGUACUUCACUUCUUCUUCUUCUUGUUGUCGUCAUCGUACCGCUCUCGCCCCCGCGCCUCCAGCUCACGAAUGAGCUCCCCGUCCUUCGCAUCCGCAGACGCGAGCGAAAGCGCACCUCUGCUCGCCAAUCCUCCGGGGGCGUGACGCUCUUGUUGAUCGCGGCUGCGGCUGCGGUGGGCGUUACUACUGACCACGGGAGCUCCAUGUUGCUAGUAGGCCGGAGAGAGAGGGAGAGAGAGGAAUUCUCAAGAAAAGCAGGAGAGCGACAUUCACAGAAAAGAAAGAGAUCGCCUUUUUCUCCGGCGGUGCAAAGAGUAUCAGGUUGGAGCCCAGCAGAAGAUACCCUCACUGAAGUCUCAAACCCAUCAACAUGGACACUACCCAGUUGA